AUGUCAUCUAAUCAAGAAGAUACGAACCGGCAACUUGUCCAGCAAUGUGCCGCCUUUCUCCAGCGGCCAGAGUUAGAUCCACAGACCCGAGAUGCGCUUCGUGCAUUUGUUACAUCGCCGCUCGCAACUUGCGUGCCGCCUUCUGUGAACUAUGUUGACAACAUCGAAGAACGUGCUCGGAUCGGCCACGCUAUACAAGAGUGUGACAGAAAUCCACCAACGGGUCGUGCUAACCCUAUCUUAUGGAGUCUAAUUAUGGUCGCGCCGCUCGAUCGGCUUCGGGAAAUGCUCGAUGAGACGUGUACCAAUCAAUCCAGCGUCCUAUCGUCCAAGGCCAUCUUCUAUGGGCUUGGGAAUAUUUUAACCAGCCUUUUGAAGAUUUUUUUGGCCAAGGAUCAGGUGCGUCCUGAUCCUCUGCCCUACCAAGAACGUGGCCUCCCCCCAACGGCAGUGUGCCGUUGGAGGGAUAGCCACCGUUGCGUCUUGACAGGCGCCGCCAACCCAACCGUGUGCCACAUCUUCCCCUACGGUUCGGAACAACGGCGGAAAUCAGUAGACCAAAUAUUUGGGCUUUUGAUUAAUUUCUUAUGGGGAUCGGAGCGCUGCGCACGGCUACAGGCUCUGUUAACCGCCAAUGACCGUGUUCUCGACUCCCCGCAGAACAUGAUCUGCCUCGAGCCGCUCCUCCAUCGUUGGUGGCGCAUGGCUUAUAUCGCCCUUGAACCAUACGAAAAGCUCCCGGAUGGUGUGAGGGUCAGGCUGAGAUGGUUGCAUCGCACCCCGUUUGAUGUGGAGCAGAGGUUGGACCUUGACACCGACCCGCGUCAACACCUCUCAUCCCCAUCAGUGGCAGGCCUUUUGAAAAUGGUUGACUUCCGGUCAGGCCACCCGUUGCUCGAUGGGACUAUUGUCGAUCUUGUGUCCAGUGACCCCAAUCAAUGCGUGUCAUUCGAGAUACUUGAGCUACAAUGGGACUUGCUACGCCUUGCCGCUCUCUCAGGAGCUGCGGAGGCGGCCCAAGGUGCGAGCUGGGACCCUGAUGAUGACCUUUCCUUUGGUAUACAAGAGGGACGGCAAGUCGCCUCGUCGCAGCGAAUAUUUGUAGACUAG